CCCUUUGCCUUACCCUUCGGGGAAAAAAAAAAGUCUGUAGUUGUAUCAAAUGGCGAUCGCGGUUGAACUCAGGGGUUGAACAAGGGAGUUGAAAGCGCGAGGGGCCCGGUUGAUAUUCCCGUCGCCUUUCAUAAAAGACUUUGACAUCUCUUUGUGUUUUUGAAAUAAGUCGUUUCCGAAAAGACCCUUAAUUACCUAUUUAAAAUCACCAUUGAACACCAUGGUUUACUGCCAUGUAAGUUGGGAUUCUUAUAAAAGUAAUAUAAGCAAUGGGUAUUCACGUCUGCAACAGACAGAGGAGUUUGUAGAUAUGACACUAGCAGCUGAUGGACACUUGGUGAAGGUACACAAGAGUCUCCUUGCACUUGCCAGCCCAUACAUCAAAGAAAUGAUCCAGUCUGCACCAUGCCCACAUCCUGUUCUAUUCCUAAAUCUAAUCAGUUAUGAUGUCCUGUGCUAUAUUUUGGAGUAUGUUUAUACUGGAGAGGUGGACAUUCCAGCAAACAUGAUGAUGGCUUUCAUUGAUGCAACUAAAGCAUUGCACAUAACAGGUGUCUGUAACCUCAUUCCACCAUCAAACAUAAAAAGUCAGCUGAUUGAACACAGAGAAAAUACUGCAAUGAGAAAAAAAUGCAACACAUCAGCUGGAAAUUUAAAUGUAUAUGAAAAUAUAAGUUCAGCCUACCAAAAUGACACAAUUACAGAAACCAACUUGCUUAAUACCCAAAAUAUUGAAAAUAACAUUACAGAAACAAAUUUGGUUAACAACCAAAAUAUCAACCAAAACUUAGAAAAUAACAUUACAGAAACCAACUUGGUUAAUAGUCAAAAUAUCAACCAAAACUUACAUAAUAUCAUUACAGGAACCAUCUUUGUUACUAACCAAAAUGUCAACCACAACUUAGAAAAUAACAUUACAGAAACCAACUUGGUUAAUACUCAAAAUAUCAACCAAAACUUACAUAAUAUCAUUACAGAAACUAACUUGGUUGCUAACCAAAAUAUCAACCAAAACUUAGAUAAUAACAUUACACAUACCAACUUGGUUAAUAGUCAAAAUGUCAACAAAAACUUAGAAAAUAACAUUACAAAAUCCAACUCGGUUAACAGUGAAAUUAUCAACCGAAACAACAUUAUUCAAAUGCACACAAGUAAUUUCUGUAUUGAUCCUGUAAGUAAAGAGGCAUUAGACAAUACAAUAGUGAAAGUUGAAUCUCUAAAUAACUGGGAUACUGAUAAUGAUGAAUCCGACUACAAUACUAUGUAUAUUGAAGAAAAUUCAGCACCAAAUGUAAAUCAGGAAGUAAUGAAUGUUGACCCAUAUUGUGCCUCAGAAGGCCGAAGAAAUAAUGAAGAAAUUAUAGAUGUGGAAUCUUACUUUGCAAGCAAUAGCAGAAAUGAAAAAGGAGCUGAAUCAAAUAAUUUCUCUACAAUAAACACCACCAGAGUAAAUGAAACUAUUAGUAAUGAUGUCAAUACUAUUAACCAUUGUGAGCCAAAUAAAGGAUACAGUAUUAAGGUUGUAUUACCCACUACUGAUAAUAAAAAACCGCCAGAAAUAACUAUAAAUGCAGGUGUUGUUAAAACCCCCAUUGAACGUGUUGAAAUGGGUGCUUCUACUACUCAACCCCGCACUAAUUGGUCGGAUUUAACAAAACUGCCUGGAAGUAAUUCUCCACUGUAUACAACUACAGGUAGAGGCGCGUUACUAAUGAUAUUGAACCGGUUUAUGUACUACGAGCAUCAUAAGUCUAAAAAAGGAUUCAAAAGGCGAUGGAGGUGUAUAGACUACAGGAGAGCAAGAUGCUCUGCUUACCUCGAUACUGAAGGAGAAAUAAUUGUUAACAGAAAAUUUAUGCACACACAUGGUUUUCAUGAUCAAAAAAUAAUGCACAGAGGAGCCUGGCACUGUGUCUUUACGUCGAUACAAGAAGCUAGGGAAAAUACAGGGAUUAAGUGAUACCGUACCGAAUACGGAGGGGGAUGAUUCAGCUCAUGUUUCAGAACUAAAACAUAACAUAACAAAUACUUUAUUACACAACCAGGAAAAAAGAAAAUACAAAACAAAAGAGAAAUAGAAUGAGUACAAUAGGCGGCCUUAUUGCUAAAAAUAAUUUAAAAAGACCUUAACAUUUUCAUGAACUAGGCGCCGGAAAAUUAUACUUGAUAUUAACUCAAAAUCAUCCCUCUCAGUUUUAGGCACAGUGCCACUAACACUUGUACCAACCCGUACGUCUACCUGUACGGGACGUAUUUUUACGGAGUGUAAGUGACAACGUAAUGAAUACUGAGGGGUAUGAUUCAAGCUCAUGAUUCUUCAGAGUUAAUAUAAACAUCAUCGCAAUCUUAAAACAAAAGAACAUCUCCCUCAGUGUUACUACGGUGUCUAUUACAACCUUGGCCUUUAUGUAAACUUUAUGUGGAUGGUUCACAAGAACUGGAUUUAUUAUAAAAGUAUAUUAGUAA